AGGGCUGCAUCCAUGGCCUUGGGCACCUCUAGGGAUGGGGCACCCACAUUUAUUUUCUUCCCAUAAUUGUGUUCCUGGUGUACAACAUACGUGACAGUUUCCUUCUGAUUAAGUCAGCUGAAAUGAGUGCCUGGGAUGUGUCGAGAGCAACGCCUGGAGGGCAGCAUGAUUGCAUGGCCAUGCGGAGGAGUUCCUGGUCACAGCUGGUGCUGGCUGAUAGCCGACCUUGGCACUGCUGGGGACCCCGUGUCCCACACAGGCCAUCUUGUGCCCACUCCACCCCAGGUCCUGCUCUGAUCUGGGGGUGAAGCUCCACAACCCCUCUAACUGCCCGUUUGCUCAACAGGUGAAGCAGAUCAUGGAGGAGGCGGUGACGAGGAAGUUUGUGCAUGAGGAUAGCAGCCACAUCAUCUCCUUCUGCGCUGCUGUGGAAGCGUGUGUCCUGUAUGGGCUGAAGCGCAGGGCAGCAGGAUUCCUGCGCAGCAACAAAAUAGCAGCUCUGUUCAUGAAGGUGGGCAAGAGCUUUCCUCCUGCUGAGGAGCUUUGCAAGAAGGUGCAAGACCUGGAGCAGCUCAUUGAGAACGCACGAAAUCAAGUCCAGAGCAUCCCAGAGAAUGUGCGCAAGAUGCCAAAGCUGCCCAACCUGUCUCCUCAGGCCAUCAAGCACCUCUGGAUCCGCACAGCCCUCUUUGACAAAGUCUUGGAUAAAAUCGUGCAUUACUUAGUAGAGAACAGCAGUAAAUACUAUGAGAAAGAAGCUCUCCUGAUGGAUCCUGUGGAUGGACCGAUUCUUGCAUCUUUGUUGGUGGGGCCCUGUGCCCUGGAGUACACCAAGAUGAAGACAGCUGACCACUUCUGGACAGACCCUUCUGCUGAUGAGUUGGUGCAGCGGCACCGCAUCCACAGCUCACACUGCCGCCAGGACUCACCCACCAAGCGCCCGGCGCUCUGUAUUCAGAAGAGGCAUUCGAGUGGCAGUAUGGAUGACCGGCCAUCGCUGUCUGCCAGGGACUACGUGGAGUCACUGCACCAGAACUCUCGAGCCACGCUCCUCUAUGGCAAAAACAACGUCCUGGUGCAGCCACGAGAUGAUAUGGAGGCCAUCCCAGGCUAUUUGUCCCUUCACCAGACUGCUGACAUCAUGGCACUGAAGUGGACUCCCAACCAGCUGAUGAAUGGCUCCGUGGGGGAUCUGGACUACGAGAAGAGUGUGUACUGGGACUAUGCCAUGACUAUUCGCCUGGAGGAGAUCGUCUAUUUGCACUGCCACCAGCAAGUAGACAGUGGUGGAACGGUUGUCUUGGUGAGCCAGGAUGGGAUCCAGAGGCCUCCGCUGCGGUUCCCCAGAGGAGGGCAUUUGUUGCAGUUCCUGUCCUGCCUGGAGAACGGCCUCCUGCCCCAUGGGCAGCUGGACCCACCCCUCUGGUCCCAGCGGGGAAAGGGGAAGGUGUUUCCCAGGCUGAGGAAACGAAGUCCCCAGGGCUCCUCCGAGUCUGCGUCUGACAAGGAAGAUGACGAAGCCACAGAUUAUGUUUUCAGAAUAAUCUACCCAGGGACACAGUCUGAAUUCGUUACCAUUAAUGGUCAUUGCCAUCCAUUCCUUGCGUCUGUGAUCUCCAUCACUGCUGGGAGAGGGAAGGUGGUGAGGACUCCAGCUGCAAGCAAGGCGGUGGUGAUCCACAAAUGGUCUCCAGUUCUCUCCACUGUGUCCCAACCCCCCCUGGCAGCUCGGGGAGCAGCUCAGCAUCAGUUGCCCCAGGACCUGAUGGAUACCCAGGGCCCUGGCCUCCCUCCCAUAUGGCAGCCCAGCACCCGCAAGUCCUCCUGCUCCUCCUGCUCACAGAGUGGUUCCUCUGACGGUGCGCCGGCCAACGGCUGCAGCCAUGAGAGAGCUCCUCUGAAGCUCCUGUGUGACAAUAUGAAGUACCAGAUCCUCUCCCGGGCUUUCUAUGGCUGGCUGGCCUACUGCAGACACCUCUCCACGGUGCGAACCCACCUCUCUGCACUGGUUAACCACAGCAUCGUGUCUCCCGACGUGCCCUGCAGUGCUAGCUCAGGACUGACUGUGGACAUAUGGCAGAAAUACCUGGAGGACAGCACGAGUUAUGAGGACCAGGAGCUGCUGCGGCUGAUCUACUACGGUGGGAUCCAGCACGAGAUCAGGAAGGCUGUCUGGCCCUUCCUUUUGGGCCAUUAUCAGUUUGGGAUGACAGAAGCAGAAAGGAAGGAGGCUGACGACCAGAUCCGCACCUGCUACGAGCACACCAUGGCAGAGUGGUUGGGCUGUGAGGCCAUCGUCCGGCAGAGGGAGAAGGAGUCUCACGCAGCAGCUCUGGCCAAGUGCUCCUCUGGGGCCAGCUUGGAUUCCCACAUCCAGAGGAUGAUGCACAGGGACUCAACGAUCAGCAAUGAGUCCUCGCAGAGCUGCAGCUCCGGCCGACAGAAUCACGUCCGGCUGCAAAGCGACUCCAGCUCCAGCACGCAGGUGUUUGAGUCGGUUGAUGAGGUGGAGCAGACGGAAGCAGACACUCAGCUCGAAGAUGGCAAACAAAGCAAGAUCCCCAAUGGGACCGUCCCUAACGGCACGUGUUCCCCUGAUUCGGGUCACCCCUCUUCCCAGAACUUCUCCAUCACUUCGGGCUUCUCGGAGCGCAGCUUCAGCAAUGAGGACAGCGCUCUGGAAACCACCAAGUCCUCAGCCAGCUCACAGGGGAGGGCGGGCGGCUCAGAGCCGACCCCGCAGGACCUGGAUGGAGCCCUGCAGGAGGAAAAGCUGCAGGGCCAGGACAGCCUGGAAGGCGAAUUUCCCACGGGUGGAGGCAUGGACUUCAUUUCUGUGGCUGGGAGCUCGGCAGCGGUCCUGCGUGGCUGUGAUGCUGUGGCACUGACAGUGGUGGAGAGCUGGGCAGACAGCGAAGCUGAAAAGCAAAGCUUGGUGGAGAGUGAGGAUAACCUCUCUGAGGAACCAGAGAUGGAGAGCUUGUACCCGCAGCUGGACUCGCUGGCUGUGGCUGAUCUGGCUAACAGCGAAGCGUCCCCCGUCUCCUCAACAGGUGUCACCUACUCUCCGGAGCUGCUGGACAUGUACACGGUGAACCUGCAUCGCAUCGAGAAGGACGUGCAGCGGUGCGACCGCAACUACUGGUACUUCACCCCCACCAACCUGGAGAAGCUCCGCAACAUCAUGUGCAGCUACAUCUGGCAGCACAUUGAGAUUGGCUAUGUGCAGGGGAUGUGCGACCUGCUGGCUCCUCUCCUGGUCAUCCUGGAUGACGAGGCCCUGGCUUUCAGCUGUUUCACUGAGCUCAUGAAAAGGAUGAAUCAGAAUUUCCCCCACGGCGGAGCCAUGGACACUCACUUUGCCAACAUGAGAUCCCUGAUCCAGAUUCUAGACUCUGAGCUCUUUGAGCUGAUGCACCAGAAUGGUGAUUACACCCAUUUCUACUUCUGCUACCGAUGGUUUCUCCUGGACUUCAAGAGAGAGCUGGUGUAUGACGAUGUGUUCGCCGUCUGGGAGACCAUCUGGGCAGCUGCACACGUUUCCUCUGCACACUAUGUGCUCUUCAUAGCCCUGGCUUUGGUGGAAAUGUACCGGGACAUCAUCUUGGAGAACAACAUGGAUUUUACAGACAUCAUCAAGUUUUUCAAUGAAAUGGCCGAGCGGCACAACACCAAGCAGAUCUUGAAGCUGGCUCGAGACCUUGUGUACAAAGUGCAGACUCUGAUCGAGAACAAGUGAAGGACCUGGGGAAGACAAGGCAUCCAGACAGAGAGCUGGGACUCCCCUCCAAUGCUUCCUCUCCCUUUUUCUCGACGUGCCACAGCUGUGGAAGUGAGGUAGUUGGACACACGCUGCUGUCUGAACUGGCAGUACCCAUCGCCCUGCAAGUGCUGCGCUCAGUGUUAGUGCUGGGGGCUCCGGUUCAGAUCUGCACAGCGUUCUCCAGUGACUUAACCAAAGAUCUGUACAAUUCUGUUGCAUUGCUAAAGACUUGCUUUGGAGGUAGGGCCCGGCAGCUGCUUCCUGGCCCUGCUGCAGUGAAGGUGCAGCACUCGGUUACCACCCCAACUGCAGAAGCAGUUGCCAGCAUCCCAGGUCAGCGCUGGGGGUCUGGGAGAUCAGGGCUGCCAGACCUGCUGGGGGCCAACCCAGGCUCUGCAGCCUUUGUUUUGAGGAAAUAAAGCUGCUUCCUUCCAUGGCCAUUACCCAUGGUGUGGGGAAUGCAGCCAGCCCUGCGAGCCCGGGCAAGACAGGGAUGCUGCCAGCACUCAGUUUCUUACUAACAUCUGAGGUUCUGCCAGUAGCAGAGAGGGACUUCGAUCACAGAAAUUCCUCUUCUUUUGAUCUCGUCCCUUGAUGCAUAGCAUCCCCUUUAGUAUUUUUAGGGCUCUGUUCUCUCCCUUGGAUUUUUACAUUGUUUGUUACUACGGUAUCUGAGCACACAAGAGUUUUGUCUGCAGAUGGAUUUUUGGAAGAGCUCCAAAUUCAGCAUUGGGUUUCUCUUUCAAAAUUCAGCCUCUGUAAUGCCUCUGAACACCGAGAUCUGGUCCUGGCCUUGUCUGGGAUCUCCAGGCACCAGGUUUUUGUACCUGCCUUAUUCUAGCUGCUUGUGUUAGGGGUCUGCUCUCCUGCCCAUCCUUCUGCAACCCACAUUAGGGAGAGCUCCUUGAAAGGCAAGUGAGAGCUCCUGACCUAGUGGCUGUCCUGACUUUCCCUUCUGAAGGUGCCUGUGUCUUCCUCUGUUAGCUGGAAGAGUGGCUGCUUACAGCUGAACGGUGCAAAUGGUCCCUCUGGUGCCUGCAGGUUUCUGUGUGCUUAUGGGGCUGCUCAGAAAGCCCUCUGAGCCCAUUGAAGGUCUCCAGUUAGGUCGUGGUGGGUGAAACCCAACAUCUCUGAGUGGUCUUUGCUUUUGGAAGAUGCACUGCAGCCACCUUUCCUGCAGUGGCUCUCCAGCAUCGCAGCCCUGGAGCACGCUGCAUGAAGUGCCUCUGUAGCACUGCCAGUAUGGGGCUGAGCAUCUGUGGUGUCGUGCAAUGUCUGUGGUGUGGAUUUGGAUUCAUUUCUCAACUCAGGUUAAAAAAAAAUUAAAAAAAAAA